AUGACGGAUUUUAAAAACAGCAAUAUAAAUCAAAUUACGGUACAUUGGGAUGGAAAAAUUUUACCGUCAAUCACAGGAAACGCAAAAGUGGACAGGUUACCAGUUGUGAUAACAACAGAUGGCAUUGAACAUCUACUUGGAGUACCUGCCCUGUCAGCUGGUACUGGCAAAGAACAGACAGACGCCAUACUCGAACUAUUAAAGGAAUGGAAUCUAACAGAAAAGGUAGAAGCUUUAUGUUUUGAUACUACCGCGACAGAUACAGGUAGAUUACAAGGUACUUGCAUUUUAUUAGAACAACACCUGAAUAGAGAAUUGUUAUAUCUCCCUUGCCAUCAUUACAUAUAUGAGCUCUUGCUGAAAAGUGCAUUCGCGAAAUAUGAUUUAAAAUUAAGUGGUCCAUCAUUGGAUAUUUUCCAGCGUUUUAAAAAAAAUUGGCCCAAAAUCAAUCAGCAAAAAUUUGUAAGUGGAAUAGUGGAUAAAAAAAUAAAUCUUGCGCUAAACAAAGCUGAACAAGAUCAAUUAGCUCAAUUUGCUCAUAACUAUAUCACUAAACAACAUCCCAGGGCAGACUACAAGGAGUUAUUGGAAUUGAGUCAUAUAUUUCUUGGUCGAAACACAGAGCCUGUAAGGUUUAAAUCACCUGGAGCGAUGCAUCAUGCCCGAUGGAUGGCUAAAGCGAUAUAUAUGUACAUACAAUAAAGAUUUUUCUUUUCCGCCACCAAUUCUUAAUGUCGUCAGAUGAGGAAAAUGCUAUACAAGAUAUUAGUGUGUUCAUUUUGAAAAUUUAUUAGAGACCGUGGAUUGAAGCGCCAAUUGCCGCGAAAGCACCCUUAAAUGAUUUAAAUUUUAUUAAAAAUAUUAUUAAAUUCAA